CAAUAAUGCAAUGAUCCAUUUGGUUGAAAGAACUCUUUAUUUUAAAAUCCACUUAUUUUCGCAUAAGUACUUAUUAUUGGCGGACGAUUGUUGAUAGCAUCACUGUUGCACCACUUCCCAAAUUCUCCGGCCGACACCGAUAUGAGUAGCCGAUAAAGAAUACGAUUCUACUUCAUGCCACUGAUUUUGAUUCCAGGAAAGUAAUUCAGAAAAAAAGGGAAAUGACUGAUGAGCAGCAAAAUCUCAAUCGGGAGACCCCUGCAGUUUUUAAUUUUCUAUUUCUUGUUGUUGCUUCUCCGAUCAAUUCCAGGACUGGCAAACAGUACAUCAACAUCAAUUUCCAAGAAUGAAACGGAAACUGUGAGUAAGAGGUCAUCUAGUAGAUCUGUGGGAUUGGAAUUAGUUCUUAUAUGCCUUGGGCUGUUGGCUGCAGUUGCAUUUUCUGUUUUCUUGGUCAGACUGUGGCAAAGGAAGAAGAGAGAGGAGCAACACUCACGUCUUCUAAAACUUUUUGAAGAAGAUGAUGAGCUCAAAGUCGAAUUUGGCAUCCGUGAUUGAGAUAGGAUUUCUUGUUUUUUAUACAGAAGUAAUUACCGGAGGUUCGAUUCAACUCCGAUUCUCUUUCUUCACGUUGUAGAUGCUUCUUCUUUUGAGGUUAUUCAUAAUAGGCAAUUUAGUUACAUUCUUAAUUUCUAAACGCUUAUGUGACUCAGAUUGUUCAAAAUGUUUUACAUAUGAUAAAUCCACUAAGGUCUUAAC